ACUUUUGGAGUUAUUUUAGUGUAUGUUAUAAAUGUUAUUUUUGUAUGAAUUGUUCUUUUGUAAGAAUGGGCGCGUUUAUCUCGCAUCACCGCGCUGACGUCAUCAGUAGUUUCCUUCCUCGUUCAGCGCGUUUGUUGUGUUUUCUGAGGCCCGAUGGAGGAAAAUGAGGAGAUUGGAGAGGAGAAACAUCAUGUCAAAACUGAAGAAAAAACUUCCUCACAGACUGAAAGUAUUUCUUUGAAAUUAAUAGACAAGAAAUAUUUCAUCUGCCAUCAGUGUCUGAGUAGUUUCACACGACAAGAAGCCCUUCAGGAACACAUGAUCAUCCACACUGGUGAGAAACUGUAUGAAUGUGAUCAAUGUGGCAAAACAUUUUUAUGUGCUUCAUCCCUAAAGAGCCACCUCAGAGUUCAUUCACAGGAGAAACCAUAUUUAUGUUCUUUGUGUGGGAAGAGUUUUAAAUACAAACGAAGUCUCGAGGUUCACACGAGAGUCCACACUGGAGAGAAACCGUUCAUAUGUGAUCAGUGUGGGAAGAGUUUUACAGAAUCAUCAAACCUUCAGGAACACAUGAACAUCCACACUGGAGAGAAACCAUACGAAUGUGAUCAAUGUGGCAAAAUAUUUUCGAGGGCUACAGGCCUAUCGACCCACAUGUUAGUUCAUUCACAGGAGAAACCACAUUCAUGUUCUUUGUGUGGAAAGAGUUUUUCACGUCUGCAGAGUUUAAAAUUUCAUCAGAAAAUACAUACUGGUGUAAGAGAUCAUAAGUGCUUUGAGUGUGGGAAGAGUUUUAUUACCGCUAUAAGUUUGAAACUACACUGGAGGACUCACACUGGAGAGAAACCUUACAAGUGUUCACACUGCGACAAGAGAUUUCGUCGGUCAGGACAUGUGGAAACACACGAGAGGAUCCACACUGGAGAGAAACCGUAUCACUGCACUCCUUGUGGGAAGAGUUUCACUCAAUUAUCUUCUCUACGCAGUCAUAUAAAAUACAAUCACCGCAAGUAGAUCAUCUUCAGAUCCAGCACUUUCAGGUCUAAUGCUGUGUCCUCACCAAACGUGAGACAAUAACACCAUCAAGCAAUAAAAUCUCUUUAGUAUAAAUCUGCCCUAACCAGCCAACGGGCGACAGGACAAAGACACAUGACCUUAUUUGUCACAGUGAAUAAAGUUCAUCUUCAAGACCAGUGGUUUCAACUGUGAGAUUCACAUCAACUCAAAGAUGGAGUUCCUCCCUAAAGACCAUCUAGACUUCUUAUUCUUGAAUAUCAUUUUGCUUUGUGGUAUAAAUAAAUAUCAUUAUUCUUUA